AUGAAUCAAUCAAACAAUUAUGUAUUUAAAAUUGUUAUAAUCGGAGAUACUAAUGUAGGAAAGACUAAAAUUAUAGAAAGAUUAACAAAGAAUAAAUUUACUGAAAGUAUAUCACCAACAAUAGGUGUUGAUUUUAGUACCAUGACAUUCAAAUUAGAUUCUGAUACAUGUAAAGCACAGAUUUGGGAUACGGCAGGCCAGGAAAGAUAUCAUGCUAUUAUCUACGCUUACUAUAGAGGUGCAGUUGGAGCAGUUGUAGUUUAUGAUAUAACAGAUACUAAAAGUUUCGAUAAUGUAUUUGAUGAAUGGUUAAAAAGUAUAAAAAAAGCAUGUGAUAGUAAUAUUUCUAUACUUCUUAUUGGUAACAAAUCAGAUCUUAAAAGUGAUAGGGAAAUUGAGACUGAUAAAGCUAAAUCUAUGGCAAUUUCAGAAGAGAUGGAGUUUUUUGAGACAUCGGCUAAAUCGGGUAAAAAUGUGUAUGAAGCAUUUCAAAAUUUCAUCUCUAAAAUAUACGAAAAAGAAAAGGUUAACAAUACUCUUAAAAAAAGAAAAGAAGUUAGAAGAGAAGACUUAAAGGGAAAACAGCUCUCCUUAGCUAAAUCUGAAGAAAAGAAAAAAUGGUGGUGUUUUUAA